AUGUGGACAAGAAAAGAAGAUGCUGAUAUUGCUGGCAGGAUAGGAACAGAGAGACAGAAGUGGAAUGAGGAGGUCAAGCUAGUUAAGCAAAUGCACAAAAGAGCUCUGCAAAUGUUUAGAAUUUUACUUGUUUCUUUACCAUUUUUUGGAAUUCUUUUAGAUUUGUCCAAGAGACUUGUUCAGUACAAAAUCUCACUGGGGAUUCUAGGGGCGAUUUGUGUUAUUCUUGGAUCAGCUGUGAUUGGGCUGAGUAUAUCUGGGUUGUAUGCUUGUGGCAUACUGCACUGUUGCCAUGUGGUUAUUGUUUUGAUCAGAGGCCCAAGGAACCAAAUAGCAGAAAAUCAUGUAUCUCUGCUUCUAGAAAGUGCAACAUGCAAACUCUGCCCCGCCAAUUGGAUAGAAGAAAGAGGAAUGUGCUACUGGUCUUCAAAGGACAAAAAGAAUUGGAUUAUGGGCUAUCAUGACUGUUCUGGGAAGAGAGCUCAAAUGCUGGUGAUCCAAGAUGCAGAUGAAAUGACAUUCAUCUUUGGCAUCGUUCCAGAAAAAUAUCCAGUUUGGAUUGGGCUUAAUUUUACAACCUCAGUGAAGUCUUGGACCUGGAUAGAUGGAACAACAUUAAAUAAAACCCUAAACCCUUCAGAUAUCAUGGAAUUGCAACUCCCAGCAUCCAUAACCAGUGUGACCAAAGGAAGCAUAAACACUGGUCACAACAUAAAGCUUAUGUUAAAGAUGUUCUCCUUUUCUCUGGACAGGGUCCAGCCAUUUCAUUCAGAAAAUGGAGCCAACUGUGGAGUUAUUAAGGACAACCAAGCCCGCUCUGAAAUGUGCACUGCUGAAUUUCGGUGGAUUUGUGAAAAAGAAGCCAUUUUGUUCUAACAUGUGAUAUCAAUAAUCCACUGGUCUUAAUAAGGUGUCUUGCUUUUACUCAGAUAUACUUAAUGACAAUGAUGAGAUUAGAUAUAGGAUAUAGAUAUAGAUGCAUACAUACAUACACACACCACAUACAUUCAUAUAUACUAGCUUAGGCACCUGGCGAUCCCUGGUUUAGGUAACUUGUAAUGCUAUUUAUUAGAAAAGUCAUGGUUUGUUUUUGGAUUUUAUGAAGGGUCCCAUUAGAAAAUGCAUAAGGAUGUGAUUAAACUACAACUCCCAUCAUUAUUUGUCAUUCUCCUCUUCCCACCCCACUAGUUAAAGUUGGUCAUGAGGGGUAUAUGUGUCAAGUUUGGUCCAGAUCCAUGAUGAUAAUAAUUAUCAGGAGAGAAGGGUAAUAAAUUAUUUUAUUAUGACACAGCAAACAAGAUAGAUAUGCUGGAUUUCGUAUCACAAAAUCACAAGUCGAACACUUCCCAACUGUCUAGGACUAUGUGAUGUAUUUUCGGAUGAUGCGUGCAGAUCCCAGUAGGGUGGCCUUUUGCA